AAUGGCUCUUUGCAUUAACUGUUUUCUGCAGCCCCUUCUCGUGUGCAAAGCAAAACGUAUCGCACUGCCACUGCCAACGAAUUCCGACUAGAGUGAGAGGGAAAGAGAGGGAAGAUCGGAUUGAAGGGAAAUCUCCCGUAUCAAUUUGAACGACGGAAAAACAGCACAAAAGCGGGCAGGGUGACAUUUUCUACAGCCAUUGGAAGAGAAACCUUCCCCUUGCAUCGCAAAUGGAGCUACCCGCCGCGGGAGAGCACGUCUUUGCGGUGGAAAGCAUCGAGAAGAAGCGGAAUCGAAAGGUUUGAAAACACUUCAAAUAUAUGAUUGCUCAAUAUCCACAAACAGGGUUCUUUGUUGUCGCUAUGCAAUAUAUUGCGUAAUUGAUGGAAGUAAAUUAUGUUGUUGUGUUUUAGCAGAUAGCCUAUAAUUUCAAAGAACCGCUUAUAAUCAAAUUAACCAAUAUGUUCUCUCAUCUCCUUACAGGGGAGGAUGGAAUACCUAGUCAAGUGGCGAGGAUGGUCUCCAAAGUAAGUUAGCUUUUAAAAUACUAUAGCCUACUUUAGUACUACCAUAGUAAUGCAAUUUAAUAUUUAAAGUUUUCAAGUGUGUGUGUGUGUGUGCGUCUGUGUGUGUGGCGCGUUCGUCUUUGCGCUCGUUGAAGCCAAUGUUUGAUUCGAUCGAUGGCGCUUAGGAUGCCAUCACUAAUUUAUGUAUGUUAAGGAGAUAUUAAGGUAACGUGGGGUAACUAGCCCCCCCCCCCCCCAACCAUUUUUUGUAGUAAUUAACUCUUAAAAGCUCAAAUCUAGGUAUCUUAUUUAAAUUAAAUAAAUUAAAUAUUGAAACAAAAUGGCAUUGCACAUCUCACUAUUAAUAUCAUCACUAUGAUGAGGUUUUGAUGUAUAUUCCCUCUUUUCAUUUUCACACCAAAUCAUGUCCAAAUCAUCCUAAAGUAUAAAACAAAUGACUGUGUAACUCAAUGAAGUUAUAUGUAGAUGAUUUGGACAUGAUUUGCAUAUAUGCUAAUUUAGGUACGAUUGACUUGCAUUGGAUUGCCCUAAUGUUAUAUCUACAAAAAGUGUAUAGAUCUAACUUAAUUAGAAUAUAUAUGUAUGUUUUUGGGGGGGGGGGGGGGGGGUUACCCCUGGGGCUUCGGCUUGUUACCCCACGUUACCCUAAGCACCCUCAUGUUUACAUGGUGUUACCCUACUGUUUUGCUUGUGUUGACUUUGUGAAGUAUACUUCCUAGCAAUUAUUAACACUUUAUAAUGACCUAUUUCCAGAGUAUAGGCUACACUUCGCACUUACUUUAUUACAAAUGUAUCAAUAAUAUGCAUAAUGUUUAUGUUUUGAUAUAGGCCUAUUUGGUCAAGACUGACUGCUAACUGUUAACAGCUAAACUGAUUACAAAAGUUGCCUAGCUACUUUACAACGGAUUCUGUCUGCAACCAAGCGGAUUACGGCCACAUUUGAUAUAUGGUUGUAGUUUGGUUGAUAGAAGGCGACCUCUGUUGAUAUUAAUCUCUCUCUCUCUCUCUCUCUCUCUCCUACUUUCUGUCUAAAUAGAUAUAACACGUGGGAACCAGAAGAAAACAUUCUCGACCCGCGACUGCUUGACGCUUUCCAAAACAGGUGAGCUUGACAGACUCGAUUUGACGUGCCGACCUUGUGUAGUCAAUGGGGGUGGGGGGCGCUGCUCUGUGCGUGUGCGUUUGUAGCGAGCGCACCACUAGCGCACCACUUCUAUCUCGUGGUGUGCAUAAAAUGUAGGACAUUUUUCAAGGCCCUAAAAAGGAGAUGAUGCAAUCACAAGUGUUAUUAUUAUUAUUAUUUUUUAAAUCUCAGUAGGCCUACACAGUGACCACACAAAUCUGAUUGAAAACAUUUUGGAAUGAUUGGAAAGAUUGCGUAUGACUGGGUAACAGUUACAAUUUCGUAGUCGACCAUAUUGGACAUUGAAUUGUCCCUAUGUGAUAUUCUUAGGCCUAUAAUAAUAGAUUAAUUUAUUUUAAUUUGCCCAUACCACAAUAGGCUAUCAUCUUUCACAGGCUUUAUGUAGACACCAGGGCCAAAUAUUCCUUCACUGCAUGCUUUGUCUUGUCCCCCAUCCCUGCUUCAUCUCCCCAUGUAUUGGAUUAUCAACAUUAGAUAGACAAAAAGCGCCCUAGGCUUCUAGUGAUAGGCGAUAUCACUGUAACAACCGUAGAAGCAUCCGCUUGAAGACGCCCGUGUGCCUUUUCAAGAUGCCUGGACAGGCGUUACUGUUAACCGGUAAUUGCUAAACCUCCCGUGGGGUUUUUCUGGACGUGAACGCACAACUACAACUGCACUAUGGCGCAAAAACCAUGCAGUGACUCGGCCUGUCGUCGGGUUUACUGUCAUUCUCUCACACCAGCUUGUAAAAGAGACAGGUCACUCAGUAGGGAAAAUGUUGACGGAGGGUGGUGUCUGUUUUCGCCAUUAUCUCUGUCUCUAAAUGGGAGAGUUUUUAUUGUAGCUAAUUGCGUGACUCUCCGGGGAGCCUCACCGGGCAGAGUACCAGGCUAUGAAAAUAUACUGAGUCGCCACCGUAAUUAGAUGUACGGGGAUUGACAUCAGUACUCAUUGGGUAUUGAAUUACUGCUCUUGAGAAAGGCAUGGAAAAUAGUGGGCUAUAGGAAAAUUAUCCUAUCCACCAGUUACAUAGUCUAUAGAUGUGUAGUUCAUUCAGGCCCUGAAUUUAUUCCAUCCUUAAAUGGAUUGAAUGUUGAACUAGAAAACUAUUAAUUCCAUGUAGAAAUUAUUUUGGAGAAAUGCAGAUUUAGUGAGGCCUAAACCAUACCAUAUUUGACAGCUAAGUAAUGAGAAGGACUUUGAUAUGCAGCAACGCCUGUAGCCUGUAGGCCCUACACUACAUAAAGCAUGAGAUUUGUAAUUCAUGUCCCAUGGGUUCAGUUAGAGGAUCUAGUGGUAAACAUGGUGAUAUGACUGAGGGGUAUUCCACUGAUAUUUCAUGUCACCAAUUAGGAUUAAAUGGUGCAUGGGAUUUUCCCAUAAAUGACUGCAUUGCAUUACUGUAUUUCAUCAUUGUUAUUACCAUCAUCAUUGUAUUGUCAUUAGCAACCCCCAUAACAAAUCAGGCCCCUUUCAAUAAGGUUUGAAAUAUCAAUGAAAUAUCUCCCCCGCCGCCUAAUUGUGUUACAUUAUGUUGUUAACUGCUAAAUAAUGGUGUUUUCUGUCUUUCACAGGGAGAGAUACGAGCAGCUUAUGGGAUAUCGCAAAAGAGGGCCAAAGCCAAAGCACCUGAUGAGCCAGGUGAGUCUUCACAUAUUUUGGAGUGGACAAUUAACUCCUUGAUUACUAUACAUUUGAUCAAAUAAAUGUUACUAUAAGAGAUUUUGAGUACAUUUUUGCCAUUCCAGCACUAAGGCCAACACAUUCCUUAAUUGAGAUGGGCUUUAUAAGAUUUCUAAGUCCUUUAUAAGACUACAGAAUGGAUGUUAAAAUCUGAUCAUAUUUUAAAGCAGGAGUAUGAUACUAGGAAUUACUGUCAUAUAGAUUAGGGGCACAUGCUGUUGAUAGGAUAGGGAUAGACUGGGUAGAUUAGGUUUCCAAAAUGUCUUCAAUCCUAAAGCAGUGACUGAAAAGUAAAUCUAGACAUCAAUCACAAAUACAAAGGGAAAAAGGAACCCCCUCUAGGUAGUGUUUGUUUGUCUCAGGACGGUGUUGGUGGUAACACAUAGGAUGAAGUCAGUGAUGGGGCACAAAGCAGCCUAUGGCAUUACUCAGAGCUUUGGUCACAGCGGCUAGAGGAGCCACUCUGAAAUGUCACUGAUGGCCAGGAGGGUAAAAUAUGUAUGAAAGGCCUUCACAGAUCUAAACACAAGUUUAGAACUAAACCCAAGUUUAAGGCUCAGGACUCACUCAAAGGUCAUCUAGAGGACACCAUUUGAUGAUAGCAUUUUCUAACCUUCAUUACAGAGAGAAAGUCAGUCAGAUGGUCAUGUCAACAAGUCCGCUCUAUCUGUUACCUAACAGCUGUGUUUUUCUCAGGUCCCGUCCUUCGCCCGGAGAUCCAGCGUCCUCUCAGGCCUUCAGGAGACCACCCUGGACGAGGACAACCGCCAGAAAGUGGACCCCAUCCAGACACUGCGCUCGCAGACCCAGCAGUACCAGCUGAACAGCAAGAAGCACCACCAGUACCAGCCCCUGCUGGCCAAGGAGAGGGAGGCAGAGCAGCAGGCCAACGGAAAGAAGAAGCUCUACUACCAGCUCAACAGCAAGAAACAUCACCACUACCAGCCUGACCCCAAGAUGUACGACAGCACCCAGUGCCUAAAGCCCAGGGAGGCCACCAAACCUCCGGAACUGCCCACCAACCGCGGCUGGAACCUGCCUCCCGCGCUGCAGCAGAAGUGGGUCCGGGACAAGGACUCUGGCUGCCUGAGCAAAGUCAAGGAUAUUACCAUGGAGCUAAAGAAGCUUCCGGCUCACCUCAACGGCCACAGUGGCGAAUCGGUGCAGAGCAAGGCCACGGCCAAAGAGGACGCACCGCUGUUGAAGGCCAACGGUGUCAGCGACAGCAAACUGAAGAUCGUCAAGAACAAAAACAAGAACGGACGCAUCGUCAUUGUCAUGAGCAAGUACAUGGAGAACGGCAUGCAGGCAGCAAGGAUUAAAAACGGAGAUGUGGAAACCCUUGACAAACCGCAGCCGGACAAAGAUGAUGAUGCUGCAGGAAAUCACCUUGAAAAGAUGAGACUCGUCCAGAAACUGGGUCUCACCAACGGAUUCACGAAAGACUGCAACAAAGAUGUUAAGUUACACGUCCGCAACUCAGGAUCUAACGGAUCUAACGUAUUUAAGUGUCCUGCUGAGAAGGUCGACUCACCCAAAAUGGAGCUUAGUGCGACAGAACAGGAUAAACAUUUCAAUGUCAGGAGUCAAAAGGAGGCUACAGAGGAUCAGCCCCUGCAGCUGACCACCAAACCUAACCUUGCCCCUUGGCCCUUUGAGAUGAGGGUUCAUAGGAAGACUCAGCCAGGAAACGGCUCCUCUCCAGCCCUCAAACGUCACCUUUCGGAGGCAGACAAGGGCGAGGACCGGGGUGGUUGUAAACGGUUUCUAAACUCCCGGAGUAUCAGUGCACCCUGCACGGUGUCCUCACCAACUCAGAGCAACUCCAUGGACCAAAAUGGCCACCAUAGCCACAAUGGCCACCAGGACUAUGACUUCCUGGAGUCUAACCAGGACGAGCCCAUGGACCUCAGCUGUGUGAGGUCCAGAGGGGAGGCUCCAGUUCCCACAGAGACACAGGUGGCUCCUUCUGCUGAGGAGGAGAAGGCUGCAGAACAGACAAAACCGCCAUUGGCUAUCACAACAGAACAGACUGUGGAGGGGGAGCCUUUUCCUUCAUUCAAGCCUUUCCUUGGGAAUAUAGUCAUCACGGAUAUUACAACAAACUGUCUCACAGUGACAUUUAAGGAAUACGUUACAGUGUAACAAAGCUGAAAAAGAUGAUUUGAGGAUGAGGGAUUAACAGCAACUGUGUGAAUAUGUACAAAUGUAUGUUGGAACAUAUGGGUAUUUUCAGAUGUUUGAAUGUAAAUAAGAGCCCUUACAGUUUGUAUUUAGUGGGGUUGAGAUUCAUUUUGUUUCGGGUUCCCAACCCUUCUAUUAUUUGUAAGUACGUAGCUUUGGCUAUCAUUCUCUAAAUGAGACCAAGAUUUUUGUAAUACCUAAUGAUGUAAGCUUUUUCUAAUUGAGUUACAAACUACUUUAGUACAGGCUAUUUUGACAAAUGGUAUCAGGGCUCAGUGAAAAAGCACUUACUCAUGUAAAUAGUUAUUUACUUUUUAUAAAGGCUUUAUAUCCAUUUUGCUUUACAGUCUUUGUUUCAGGUCUAUAUAUUGAGAAAGAAAAAGUCUAUAUAUUGAUUAUUGGUAAAUUACACCCUCUUUCAGUAUAUUUGCCUGUGUGUGGUGUGUGUGCACGCAAGUGAAUACGUGUAUCUGUGCGUACAUGUGUAAUGAGGUUGCAAAAUGAUGGGCCGUGUGUGUGUGCACACGUAUGUGUGUGUGUGUUUGCAAGACAGGGAGAGCCAAACAAACAGGGCUUCCCAAGUCAAACUGCACAAGUCAAUGAAAGACCUUGGAGUUAACAUGUACUUUGCACUGUUGUAGGCUGGCUGAGGGGGGUGAAUGGCUGCUGUGAAGGGGCCUUAGCCUCUUAUCUGAUGGUAACGUUUAGGAAGAUAGAUAUUACUGUUUCAAUGAUUGUAAAUAUGUGAAAUACCCACUAAUAUCAUUCAUUCUCUGUAGCUCUGUAACAAUGUGGCAUUUUAGAUAUCAAUUAAAGUCCCAUUGACCAAGUUCUUUCUUCAAGACCCAUAACAUGGAUAUUAUUAAUUUGAAAACAAUGCUAUGUUUAUAAUUUACCCUAUUUAUUGUAGCUUUUCACUAUUAAUGUGAAACAUGAAGGGAAGUUUAAAAUUAUUUAUAUAGUAUUAACUUUAGAAGGUCUUGUAGGCCAA